CACCGACACGUGGCCUUUGCUCCCUCUCUCCUCCCUGCUGUAACCGCCACCGCUCGUGUUUGACUUUCACUGUGCGCGAGGGAGAGCUGUCAGCAGUGAGCCUCUCGCUGUCGUUCGCCUCUCCUUUUCCCAGUCCCUGGGGGUUUCAACCACAGCUUUUGCUCACUUCCGUCCGACUUUGAGAAGAAAGGUGAGAUACGCGGGGCGAGAGGCGAAAAGGGACAGGGAGCGGUGAAUAGGAGAAGAAAAGGUAAAGAGCCAUGUGUUGUACGGGGAAGUGCUCCCGCCUGGUGGGCCUGAUCCUGCUGCCUUCGGCCUUCAUCUGCAUGAUCGCCAACCUGCUGCUCUUCUUCCCCGAUGGGAACACUCUGGAGAACGACCAGAUCUCCCUGCAGGUCUGGCUCAUGGGGGGGCUCAUUGGAGGAGGCCUCUUUAUGCUGUGCCCGAGCUGUUCGUCUAUCAGGGCCGGGGGCAAGGGUUGCUGCGGGACGGGUUGCUGUGGCAACCGUUGCCGGAUGUUGAGCUCCGUGUUCUCCUCUGCUUUUGGCCUGGUCGGAGCAAUCUACUGCACCAGUGUGGCCUCGGCAGGUUUGGCUAUUGGACCCAAAUGUCAGUUGGCCAAUGGCCAAUGGGAAUACCCUUUCGAAAACCUCGGCACAGGUAACGGCAGCUACCUGGUAAACCAGACCCUGUGGACACUCUGCCAGUACCCUGCCAACGCCGUGAUGUGGCACGUCGUCCUGUUCUCCAUUCUGCUGGCCAUGGGUACGCUGCAGCUGGUGCUCUGCGGCAUCCAGGUGGUCAACGGCUGCUUGGGAUGCAUCUGCGGGGACUGCCGCGACAGCAAAGAGGAUGAAGGUGGCUUGUGAAAAGUGAAGAUCACCCUGCUGUAAUCUGUGUUUGCAAGGGGCAGAGAUUUAGCCUUGUUAAGCAGGUUGAGAUUUUAGGUUGAUACUCCGUUGAUUCUUGUGUCUCUAACACAACCUUUAUGAAACGUGUUCGAGCCUUACUCCAUUAUUGUGUGAAUUUAUAUUCUUGCUGAUGGUUUGUCUUUAUUUCUCUCUUUGGUCGAAUUGAAAUAAGUAUUGAUCUGAUAAGUUGCGUCCGUGUUGGGUUGGUUCAAUAGGACUGAUAUGAAUCAAACGUUAAUUGUAAAUCAUUUGUUUGUUUUUGCUUUAUAGACAUUGAUAUACAUAUCAGGUGAAUGUGAUGACACAAUAAGCACUGAUGAAUUUGAAAAUGAAAUUCUUUUGAAUUAUUUGCAUUUUUUUUUUUAAAGAAUAGAAUUUAUGUAUCAUGCGAGUAAAAUUCCUCCGAGGUGGUUAAGACAUAUCAGUUCUGUCUGACCUUCAACAUUAACCCCCCACCCCUUGUGAAUUUCUCUCUCAUUUUUAUGGCUCCAACUGAGUUAUAGACCACUUCUUAUUAUCCAGCUGAAGAACUUCUGCAGAACCGCUGACUGUGGCAAGACACAGACAACCGCUCACCGGUAACUCUUUCAUUAAUGAAAAACACGAAACACAAACCAACGUAAAUGCAGUGUGGCACUGACCGGCUUCCGUCCCACUGCUCCUCGUUGAAAGUUGAACAGGCCCGAUGAGUCCAAAGUGCAUUCAUUGAGUCCUUCAGUUGUUCACACAAAGUCCAUUCCCAUUCAAAUAUUGAAGGUCUUUACUUGGAAUAUGGAAUUUACUUAGAAAGGUUGAAUAAUAUAAAUGACAUUACCAUUCAAUCCAUUGAAUACAAAAUAUAAUAUCACAUCAGAAACACUGCUUUUUUUUACAUUAGUAGCUAUUUUCCUAGCUUUUGCACAUCAGACCAAAGGGAAUUUUCACAGGGAAAGCAUGAAUGAACUAAUGAUAUUUGAAUUGCAAAGUACACAGAUAUAGCCUAUUGAAUCUCUCAACAUUUCUUUAACACAGUAAAUCCUGUGUCAAAUUUGAAGCUUUCCACUGUAAAUCGCCCAUGACGAUGACACCAAAAGAAUUUUGCUGCCGGAUGUGAAACCCAGUCCAAAGUAACUCGAAUGUGUUUUUCACUGCAUGGUUUAUUCACAAUAUCCAUAUCUCCAAUAAAAAUGUGAUUGGUGAAAAUA